ACGAUCCUACACUGUAUAUAAUUUUUUUCAGAACCCACCCACACUGUGUGGUGCAAUAUCAUAUGAAUAUCCAUAUGUACGUAUUCACAUACAUGCGUGUUUGUUGGGGGCGGUUCUUGUAUUACUUCAAGUUUGUCAGCCGAUGGAGUUUGAAAUGGAGAAAAAAAAAUAAUACAAAUAAAAAAACAAUCGCGGUCAUGGCAAUUAAUCUCACAAUGUUAAUUUUUGAAAAAGGCCAUACUAUAUUAUUUCACAGCCCAGCGAGUAUACGAAUCGGCUAUAAAAGCUUGAGCACCCCAUUUGGAGAGGUCAAGUUUAGUCGAAUUGUGGAAGCAUAAGCCUAGCAACAUGCAACGGUUACCGAUAAUUUUCUUAGCAGUCUUGCUUCUUAGCGUCGCCAUUUUAGUGCGCGGCUUCGACGAAAAGGAAGCCAUGGCCAAGCUAAUGGAGUCUGCCGAGUCCUGUUUGGGCCAAGUCGGUGCUGCUCAAAGCGAUUUGCAGGACCUGGUUAAGAAACAACCUGCAUCCACCUAUCAAGGCAAGUGCCUGAGGGCAUGUGUAAUGAAGAGUUUUGGGCUACUCGACUCCAGCGGCAAGCUGGAUAUCGAGGCCGGCCACGAGAAAGCAAAACAGUAUACAGGGGAUGAUCCCACCAAGCUUAAAAUCGCCCUCGAAAUUGGCGACACUUGUGCUGCCAUCAGUGUGCCGGAGGAUCACUGCGAGGCCGCAGAGGCCUACGGCAUUUGCUUUAAAAGCGAGGCCACCAAACAUGGACUAAUGUAGACCGACCUGCAGCCCCCAACCUGGAUCAGCGCUGGUCCACUCCCAAGCCACGCACGUACUACGUAUGUGCUACAGUUUAUAAGAUUGUUCAAAAUGAGUUGUUAAGUGAAU